ACCACUUUUAAACGCCAUUUUUCUGAUUUGUCAGCUAUAGAACAAAUAAAAUUUAUUAAAAUAUUUUUAAAAACUUUAGGAAAAUAACUAGAGACUUUAAAUCAAACAUUGGGAUAUAAAAAAACUUUAUAAAGCAAAAUACAAGGGUGAAUCCUAUGAUCAAACUGGAUUAACAGAUAUUCGAUUGAAUGGAAUCUGUUCGCUGUUACUUGUGUGACCAUGAAUUUGUGGAAGGCGAAGAGCCAUGGUUAAUGUUUGAGCAACGAUUACGAGAGGACGGACAAGUGGAAUGUUCACUGGCUGAUUUGUUGGGCAACAUAUUAGAAAAAGAAUUGGAAGAGGCUUUAGCCCAUUCUACAUUACUCUGUGAUUCAUGUAAUGCUGAUGUUUUGGAAUAUGAAAGUCUUGAAAAGCGUUUUUCCCAAAUACGGGAAAGAAUUUUAAGUUCAUACAAAGAAAAUUCUACGAUACAGAAUUUAAAUAACUUGUUGCAAGGAAAUGUUAUUAUUGCCAAUGGAUGCCUGCCACAAGCAAAUGAAGAAAAUAGUAAAUUCCUUGUUAACAAUGCAGAAACCAUAGAAAAUAUUUCAAAUGGGGAAUAUUUAGGCAUUACGGAAAUGGAUUUAGUAGAAGAGGUUCAGGACGAUGAACUAGAAUGUGAAGAGAAUUUAAAUGUAAAUGAUCUAGACAAUGAACAGGCGCCAGAUCACGAUGAUGUAGGAUUUAUUGAUAAUGUCAGUUCACAAAUCGUACCUGAUCAUUUUGAUUUUGCCGCCUUUAAUGAACAUGUAGCACAAAAUUCUUUACCCGCUGGUGUACUAAAUUUAUCAGAUGGUCUUGUCAAUUUAGAGGUUUCGGAGGAGUCUGUUGAUGUUCAAGACAUACCCUUGGAAGGUCAAGAUAUCAUUAUAUAUGACGUUAACACGGACCAGAUUCAACAGGGCGACUUAAUUAUUCAACAAGACAGCGAUAGUCGCGAUUUGAAAACGUAUGAUAGUACUGAAGACGGCGAUCUGAAUUUUAUAAUUAGUACAGAUAUUUUUACAAGUGAAGGCAACUGUGAAAAUUCCCAGCAAUCAGCUGCGUCAGAAAUAACACAAAAUGAUAAUAUACAGCAACAGGAUGCUAGCACUUCUGAGACAAAACCCACAGCCCCUAAAGUGGUUUGUAAGCAAGAUGGAGACACUUUUAUUUGCCUAAUAUGCGAAAUAUCGCCACAUUUUGAACGCCAGACACUAGUGGAACAUUUUCAAACAUUUCAUAAUUCAAAAUUCUAUAUGUGUGAGCAAUGUCAUGAAGGAUUUGGAAAACGACAAGACUUGAAAUUACACACAGAGCUCGGUCACAUAAUACAGUGUGAGCAUUGUGAACGGACGUUCAACAAUAAUCGUUUGUAUCGUAUACACAAACGGGUGCACUACAAUAAUACGAAGCAGUAUGAAUGUCAUGUAUGCCAGAAAAUGUAUGUGUCCAAAGCAAUUUUGGAGGAACAUAUGAACACUCAUACUGGUGUAAGACCCUUUAAAUGCAGCGAAUGCCCCAAAGAUUUCGCCUCGAAAUAUACACUUCAAACACAUAUGAAAAUUCAUAAGGAACGACCGCGUCCGUAUCAGUGUGAUCAGUGUGAUAAAAGGUUUUUGAAUCAACAAAAUCUGAAUCAGCAUAAAAAAUUGCAUGUCUCUGUAAAAGCCUUCCAUUGUGAGGUGUGCAAUAAGGCUUUCACCACUCAGCAUAGUUUACAAGUUCAUAAAAUAGUACAUUCAGGUCAAAGGCCCUUUAUUUGUCGUAUUUGUGGAAAAUCAUUUGCACGUAGACCGGAAAUAAAAGAUCAUGAACGUAUUCAUACUGGUGAGAAACCUUUUAAAUGUGAAUACUGUCCCAUGGCUUUUGCUCAGCGCACUAAUUUGGCUAGUCACAAGAAAUCUACACAUUUGAAUGAGAAACUACACAAAUGUGAUCUAUGCUUGCGAUCUUUUAAACGUAAACGAUUGUUAGAUUACCAUAUACAAGCCAUUCAUACGGGUGAACGACCGCAUAAGUGUGAAAUAUGUGGAGCAGGAUUUGUCUAUCCAGAGCACUACAAAAAACACAUGCUCAUACAUAGUGGGAAGAAGCCAUAUGCAUGCGAGGUUUGUGGCAAACAAUUCAACAGUCGUGACAAUCGUAAUGCCCAUCGUUUUGUGCACAGUGAUAAGAAGCCUUACGAAUGCAUGGAAUGUGGUGCGGGUUUUAUGCGCAAACCGCUUCUUCUAACACACAUGAAGCAAACAAAACACAUAAACGAUACAAUAAUUAUAAAUCAGCCACAAUUUACUCAACACCAACCAAUGGAAAUUGGCAGUAUAACUUCAACCUCGUCAUCUGCGGAAUACAAUAAUUUAAAUGAAGAAGAAUCGGAAAUCGAUGUUGACAAUGAUCUAAAAUCACAAGAGGUUUCCGACGAAACUCUCGAAAAAAUCAUAUUUAAAGCUGACGACUUGUUAGCAGAAAACGUUUCAGUUGCAUCGAUUACUGACAAAGUUGUAGACCAAGACGAAAAUGUGAUAACUGCUGUAGGUGAUCAUUUAAUGAAAAACGAUUUGGAUAAUGUUAAAUAUUUGGAAUUUGAAGAUUUAGAACAUGAUGGUCAUCAAACUCUAACGUGGGUCAAUAUAGGUGAUGAUAAAGUUUAAGUAGUUGUAUUUUAUCUAAUAUCAUUAAGUGAAAACAUUUUCAGAGAAAAUAAAUACUUUUUUUAUUACGUUAUCGAUAUUCAUCAUUAA